GGGACGGGACGGGACUGGCAAUCCCCCUGGCCGGCGGGAAAGCAAUAAGGAAGGAAGAAAUGACAUCCCGGCUCCCGAAAAUCCCGCGGCUGAGUCACGGCGGGCGGGGAGGCGGCGGGGCUGCCUGGCGGCGGCGCCCCCUGGCGGCAGCCGCGGCUGUUGUCACAGCCCGGAAAGUCCCUGCGCUGCCGGUGGAAAUCCCCGGUGGGGUUUUUUGUGUUGUGUUUUCAAUCUCCGGUUUUUUUUUUGAUCUCUUUUUUUUUUUUUCUUCACCCGGGCGCUUAAACAGAAAGGGAAAAAAAACAAGCGGCUUGGCUCAGCCCUUCAUUCCGCAGCGGCGGCAGAAGCAGCAGCAGCUCCGGCGCGGAGAGGGGGGAGAGAAGGGAAGGAAGGAGCCCCGGCGCGGUGAGGGUUGAUGGAUCCCGAGCGCGGCUCCGUGCCAUCGCCCCAGCCUCGCUGCUGAGCAGGAGUCACGGCAGGAUCUGCCGGAGGAGGAGCCGACCGCGGAGAGAUGUCUUCUAGAAAUAUGGCUGGCCAGCACAUCCUUCCUCAAGCUUUGUAUCAGAGCAAUAUGCUGAAGGCUAUGAAGAUCAGAGAGAGGACACCUGAGGAUCUAGUCAAACCUCCCAGUGGAAUAAUUCAUCACUUCAGGACUAUGCACAAAUACACCAUAGAAAUGUUCAGAAUGUGCCAGUUUUGUCCCCAGUUUCGGGAAACACUUCAGAAGUCCCUGACUGACCAGGCUACCCAGUCUUCACUGGAGCACCAGAGGAAGCUCAACUGGUGCAGGGAAGUUCGGAGACUUGUUCCUUUGAAAACUAAUGGUGAUGGAAAUUGCCUUAUGCAUGCUGCAUCGCAGUACAUGUGGGGUAUUGAAGAUAUCGACCUUGUCUUAAGAAAAACAUUGUUUAGUGCUCUCAGGGAGAUUGACACACGGAACUUCAAGCUCCGCUGGCAGCGGGAGGCUGUUAAAUCCCAGGAGUUUGUAGAAACAGGACUCCAUUAUGACACCCGGAACUGGGAGGAGGAAUGGGAGUACCUCAUUGAAAUGACCUCCCCAGAAAUGUCUGGGGCUCGAAACAGGCUUCCCUAUAAUGCACUGGAAGAAAUCCACAUCUUCAUCCUUGCUAACAUCCUCAGAAGGCCAGUCAUUGUCCUUGCAGAUAAAGUUGUUAGAAGUUUAGAGUCAGGGUCCAGUUUUGCUCCUCUGAAUGUUGGUGGUGUUUACUUGCCUCUCCUGUGGCCAGCUGAAGAAUGCUACAGAUACCCAAUUGUGCUUGGCUAUGACAACAUGCAUUUUACACCACUGGUGACUCUGAAGGACAGCGGGCCAGAAAUCCGGGCUGUCCCUCUGGUCACCAGUGAACAAGGCCGAUUUGAGGAUUUGAAUGUGCACUUUCUGACAGACGCAGAAGAAAGGGAGAAAGAGCAGCUGCUAAAGGAGUACUUGAUAGUGAUAGAAAUUCCAGUGCAAGGCUGGGAUCAUGGUACAACUCAUCUAAUUAAUGCUGCAAAGUUAGAUGAAGGCAACUUACCCAAAGAAAUAAACCUUGUGGAAGAUUACUUUCAACUGGUACAGCAUGAGUACAAGAAGUGGCAGGAGAAUGCUGAACCUGGUAGAAGAGACACAUGUUCCAGGAACAGACAGGAGCUGUCACUUUCCCAGCUCUCCCUCUUACAGAUGAAAUGUGAAACGCCAAAUUGCCCUUUCUACAUGUCUGUGAACACCCAGCCCUACUGCCACGAAUGCUUUGAGCAGAGGUCCCAAGGAAACAAAGGAAGAAAACACACCUCCAAAGCAGCACCUGAGAAGCUGAAGGCACCUGGGUCAGGCUCCUCCCGUGGGGAUAUUUGUGAACCUGGAGGAUGGACAUCUGAAGGGCCUGUAACAGAGCCUCGCUCUGCACCUCCAACAGCUCCAAGCCUUUUCCUGUAUAGUGAAACCACAGCCAUGAAGUGCAGGACCCCAGACUGCCCCUUCACAUUGAAUGUGCAGCACAAUGGACUGUGCGAACGCUGCUACAACUCCAGACAGCUUAGUCCCUGCAACAACUUGGAUGACCAGAGACACUUAGACUAUGCUACAUGCAAAAUGUGCCGUCAAAAGGCCAAGAGGACCUUCAAUGGUAUAUGCAGCACUUGCUUCAAAAGGUCUACAGAGCAGUCCCCAAAUGGCAGUCCUGCUUUUCUGCCCACCUGCCAUCAGAGAUCAACAUCUGACCCAUCCCAGAUCUCACAGAUCCUCCACCAGCACUCCUGCAAUCAGGCUCCUAACAGCCAUGGCAAGGACCCCCCACCACCAGCACUGCCUCCUGAGGAGAACAGGGGAGGCAGCCUCUGUAGGAAACCUGGUUGCAAGUUUUUUGGGACAUCACAAAAUGAGGGCUUUUGCACACUGUGUUUCUUUGAGUACAGGGAAAACCAUGACAGUGUUUUGCUACGCCACCAGAGGAGAUCUCAGAGGAAGUCUUCAGCAGCAGAUCAGACGGGGAGCUCUGCUGCCGGUUUCCGUAACACUGUGUCCUGCCAGCGGCGUGACUGCGGCACCCUGGGCAGCACAAUGCUCGAGGGGUACUGCCAGAACUGCUUCAUUAUAGCCCAGAGCCAGCGAUUCCAAGAAGCCAGAAGGACAGAAGAACAGCUGGUGAGACAACCAGAAAGAACAGGGCAGCACAGAGAUGUGCAGCGAGCAGCAUUGAGUACCCAGAGGAGACUGUGUGCUGUGGCUUCAUGUAGAAACAACCUGGCCUGCAGAAGUGAUGACCUGUGCCCAGAGUGCCGGCGCCUCGGUCAGCUGCCACCGUCGGGAAAUGGCAGGGAGCCGGUGGCACAGGAGCCUCCCAAGCAACGCUGCCGAGCCCCUGCCUGUGAUCACUAUGGCAAUGCCAAGUGCAAUGGCUACUGCAAUGAAUGCUACCAGUUCAAACAGAUCUAUGGCUAGAUAUUGUUUUUGGGGAACAAG